AUGACUACUUCAAAAUUACACACAACAACCUCUGUUUCGGAAGGAAAACGGUUACAAGCUUCUGCUUCUUAUAACAAUGUAGAUGGCAUACUUCAUUUAGUGAACAAAAAGCUAAUAUUUACAGCUAAAGGAUCCAAGAGUCCUAUGCUAAGUGUCCCUGUGAGUGAUUUAAAACAAUUCUUCGUGAGCAAACCAGACAAGCCAGAUCCAAAACUAAAAAUAAAACUGUUUUCUGACGUCGAGCAUAUGUUUGUCUUCACCACAUCAAACGCAAAAGAAUCCUUGGGCAAAUUUAAAAUCGAGCUUCAAACGCUCAUUUCAAAACAACGUUCAGGACAUGCAUCAAAUGCAUCAUCGCGUGUGACUUCAGCUGCACCAUCUCCCAAACCGAGAAAUGGUAAUGCGCCAUCUCCAUCAUCUGGUGCGUCAUCACCAGCAUUAAGAAAGACAGCACCGACUGCAGAAGAAAUUGCAUUGAGGGUAGAAUUGUUGUCAAGAAAUGCGGAGCUUGCCAAAUUACAUCAAGAGCUGGUCGUCGGACGAUAUAUUACAGAAGAGGAUUUUUGGGAAACUAGAAAACACCUAUUGCGAGACGAGGCAGCAAAAACCGAGCAGAAGAAGG